ACCAAGAACUUCAAGAUUCAGCAGGAGCUCUGACCUCUCACCUCACCUCCAGGGCCGCCAUCCUCACAAACUCCCUCUUACAUAUAUCAACACCACACAACCCCGCCACCAUGGACACCUCACGAGACUCAUCAAACCUGCUGGACACGCACAACCGCCUCAUUGCCGACGUCCUCUCCCGCUUCCGCAUGCUUACAAUGCUCGCGACGAUCCAAGCCGAAGGAGAGCGUAAGAACGUUGAGCCUCAGACGAUCGCUGUGACGGGCAUGUCGAUGCAAAUGGAAUUCGAAGGACUGCACACAUCAAUCAAAGACCUCCUCGCCCUCAGCCGCCGCCUCAAAGAGCUCUGGCUGUUCGGCAAGCUGGGCCAGGGAGAAGGCGACGCGCGAAUCCAGGCGGACAAGCUCCAGGCCGACGUGGUCCGGUGCGCGGAACUCCUGAACGCCAUCCAGGAGACACGGUUCGCUGGCCUUGCAGCUGCGGCGGAGGGCAAGUGGGUGCCAAUGGGGCGCGCGGAUGGUUCAUCCGGAGAGGGUGGCCCUGCUGUUGCCGCUCCCCCGCCCGCUGCUCCUACAGCGCCGAAUGGGGCUGGUGGUGCUGCGUAGGCACGGGAUCGAGGAUUUACUCGGGAAGUUGGGUGAAGAGAGGCGAAAACUACGAUUUGCAUGCUUUGGCGUUUGGGCUUGGGGUUCUUGAGACGAGGACAACGUGUCUCUGAGCACGCGACGCUGAUACCCGUAUACAGAGGACGGAAAAGGAACU